AUGUCCACACAGGAAGUUGUUCAGAAAGAGUUAGAAACGCAAGCAGAACUAUGUUCAAAGGUGCCAGAAGGCGUUUCAAUUUUGAGCGAGAAUGUGGAACAAAUGCAAAUUAAUUUAAAAAAACUGCAACGGUCACUAACAGUAGCUGAAAUACUGGAAGAGAUCGAAGCUUUUGAUGGUCAGUUGCAAGAACUUAACAUUUUUGCAAUCCCACCAUUGGAGGAAAAUGAGACCGACCAGGAUUCGGACGGUAGUGAUGACGAACACGAGGCGAACUUGGAUCAUCUCGGCCCGAAAUUAUUGACUGCGGAAGGCGAGAUCCAAGACGAAUUCGAUGACUGGAGUGACAGUGACGAUGAGCCACUGGCUAAAUACAGAAAAACCGUCAGUUCGAGUGUGCGUGCGGGAAAUGCCUUGCGUUGGCGAAAAGUGGACCCGGUGUACGACAUUCAAACGGAAUGCGAAACAAUACCGCCGAGUGCCGAAGCUCAAGCCGCCAGUUCGCCUACUGAUUUCUUUGAGCUAUUUUUUUCUGAAGGCAUUAUAAAUUUUUGUGUUGAGCAGACAAAUUUAUAUGCUCUUCAGAAAAAUGUUGACCUGAGAAUGAGUAUGGACGAGGCGAGAGUUUUUAUUGGCGGUAUUUUGAUGUCGGGGUACGCAAAAUACCCCAACAAACGUUUGUAUUGGUCGGAGAAAUCGGAUUCGCCAAGAUUGCUAGCGAACAGCAUGAGGCUGAAUCGAUUUGAGAAAAUUCUAAAUAAUUUCCAUCUGAAUGACAACACGCAAGCCCAGGGUACCGAUCGGCUUUACAAAAUUAGGCCACUAAUUACUCACCUGAACGAGGCGUUUAUAAAGCAUGGUGGAAUGGACGAGAAUCUCUCCAUUGAUGAGAGCAUGAUACCGUAUUAUGGUAGGCACUAUGCUAAACAAUAUAUCCGUGGUAAGCCCAUUCGAUUUGGAUUCAAAAACUGGGCUCUGAAUUCCAGCGAUGGAUAUAUGCUUCAGUUCGAUGUGUAUAUGGGCAAAAAUGCAGAGAGCGUCCCACAAGGAUAUGGAGUAGGAGGUGACAAAGUGGUUGAUCUCCUCACGAAAGCAAAUGUACCACACCAUAAGGGAUUCAAGCUUUUCAUCGACAACUAUUUUACGUCCGUGAAACUGUUGCGCAAUUUGGCCAGUAUGGGGAUUUGUACAUCUGGUACAAUUAGAGACGGUCGCAUAGAGAAGUGUCCUUUUCGUCCAAUAGCCGCCAUGAAAAAGGAGCAGCGAGGAUCCAGCGAUUUUCGUUUUACUGACGAUGGCAAGAUUCUCGUUCUGUCGUCACAGAUGUCACAGCUGUCGUCACAGAUGCAAGCGCUGGAGACACGUAUAUCUCGGUCAUCCCGGUUAGAAACUCACCUACAGGCACAGGAGGCACAUAUAUCAUCACAGCUGGAAGCACAGGAUGAAAAAGUUACACAAAUACAGAACAAACUUGAAGAGAGACAGGAGAAAGUCGAAGCAAAGGUAGACGAAUUUUGA